AUGUACCAACUGUUGGCCGAAAUCGACUCUCUGCGACGAGAGAAGCAGACGACUACUACUCAGUCCAGCCCACACGUUUCUUUCGAGGAAGCUUAUGGUGGCCUGCAGCCAGGAACACCAUCAGUCCUUAAUCGCUUUCGUGAUGAAGGCUCUUCUUCACAGGGAGGAGCUCAACCCUGGGAAAUGACGGCGGAAGAGCCAGACGUGUCAUACAGGAGUACAGAUUACUCGGGACUGCCUCACACGUCGGCAUCGUCCCUAUCACGCACCUUGCAAGAUUUGUCAGUGUCGGGUGAGGACGUUGAUGCUUGCUUUCAGAUGUUUUUACAACAUAAUCUGGAAUAUGUGCCGAUCCUAGAGACUUCAUUGCGUCCUGACGACUGUUAUGUCUACUCUCCCUUGCUAUUCUGGACCAUCCUAGCGAUAGGGAGCAUGCGUUUCGAGCGAGAUCCCACAUUGAUCAUUGCGAUCGCUCCAAUGGUUAUGGACCUGGCCAAAGAUGCCGUUUUUUCCUGCAGAGACGUCAUCGCGACCAUUCAGUCAUUCACACUCCUCUGUUCCUGGCCGAUGCCCGUAGACACUCUUGAAAAAGACCCCUCCCCAGCUCUAGCAGGGGCAGCUCUACAACUAGCUAUCAACAGCGGUCUUCACGUUUGGGGAAUUGGCCAAGACUUCUCUCGUAGGAGACUCAACCCAGGUGGGCAGAAUUCAAUUGAUUUUCGGGCCAAGCUCUGGGUGAAUUGCCUGAUCGUCUGCCAGAGAGUAAACAUCACCUUUGGUGUGUCUCCGCCAGUGCCCCCUGAUACAUAUCACCGUGAAAAGUACGGCGAAAGAUUAUCUGCAACCUUGACCCCGAGUGUCGAAUUCCAGAGGCGGCUGUGUCUUGCCCACAGCGAGGGCAUUGUAACUCUUGAAAAGACCUUGAACUCCAAGUCAUCAGAUGGUUACACUGAGACUAUGAGAUCAAACAUUGAAAACAUUGUCAGCAAUUUGAAGAAUCUCAAGACCAAGUGUCCCACAUCUUUCGACCAGUUUCUUUUGGACGGAGCAGUGCUUCAGACUUCUUGCUUCCACUUACUGCUUCCUCAGUCGUCUCUCAACAGUGAAAAACUGUUUGCUUUGUACGACACUGCGGUCGAUUUCGUCCGUCUUGGAAUAGAGCUGGACCAAAAACGAAACAUUGCAGAGCACGCUCCUCCGUUCUUUUCGAGGACCUUGUUCUUGGCAUGCUGUGUAAUCCUGAGGAUUGCAAGGUCGAGCUUGCGCGAGGCCUUGGACCUCAAAAGAGGCCGUGAGGCUUAUUUCAAGACCAUCAACAUGCACAAAAGGCUCUCGGUUCGGCAUGACGAUGCUCACUCGAGAGCCACAGUCAUUCUGUCACAACUCUGGGCUGGUAAGAUGAUCGAUGUGCAAACCAAACGGAGCGCAGGACAAGUGCGGUUGAAAUGCAGAAGCAGGUUAGGCAUGAGCUUGCUGUAUGAUUGUUGGUGGAUCUGGCGUCAAGAAUUCCAGGGGCAGCCAGACCCCUACUCUGAGGAAGACAAUGGCACAGAUCCCUCCGCUGAGGACAUGGCGUUUCACGCCACGCCAACGUCCACGGACUUCGGCAACAUGGAUUUGUGGUGGCCGUCGUAUGAGAUCUUCACAGGUAACUAUGCCCAGGACGCGGAGACAAGGCCUGAAGGCUCGGGAAACAUAGCUGAAAUGGGGACCAAUUUUUCCCCUGCUUUUCAGAGCCUGCAGACCUUGUCGUCUCCGUUUACCACAGCAGCCAGGGCCGAGCAGUUUCCUCCCUAG